AUGGAAACUAGCGUUCCCAGAUGGCUCAAAGAAGAAAACAGAGACCUUCUGAACAAGGACUUUGUCAACAUCAAUAUCCGGACAUAUAUUCGUGGUGUGCUAUGGGAUUACGACGAGUUUCGUCGGCUCCAAUGGGCAGCGUGCCAAAUCAAUAUUCUGCAGGGAUACCUUAACCUGCGUCAGCUUAGAAAAGCUCUUUCUGCGAUACCAAGAACACUCGAGGGGACGUACGGUCGAAUUUUGAGAAGCAUCAAGAAAGAACUUCGAGAUGAUGCUAUUCGAUUAUUGCGGUUUUUGAUUCACGCCCAAAGACCGUUGACCCUUGAGGAAGCUGUGGAUGGUAUUGCUCUUGAUCCUGAUUUCAACCCACUAUUUGACCCAAAGUUGAGGCUGCCGGAUCCGCAAGAAAUCACCAGAGUGGCCUGUCAAGCUGGACAGGAAGAGGUGGCGGGAAUCCUUGAUCAGGGUGUGGAUGUCAACGCAAAAGGUGGGGCUGACGUCCAUGCCCACAGCGCUGCUUGUCAUGGCGGAGACACCGAGAAAAUUCGAACUUUGUUGGGUUUCGGCUUUCUGAGCGAUCAUUAUGGCGACGAUGCCUUCCAAACUGCUUGCCGCUAUGGCCAAGAAACAAUAUUUCAGAUACUUUCGAGUGAUCUUUCUUCGAGACAGGAUGUACACGGCAAAGCCCUCCGAGGAGCCAUGUAUGGAGGCCAUAAAAAGAUCGUCGCGAGUCUUCUUAAUGAUGUUAGCGAAAAUCCACCACCGGCCAAUUUUGUCAAUAGCAGUCUACAGGUCACAGCUUUCUUAGGGAAUCAUGAUUUUGUGGGAAUGCUUCUCGACUACGGCGCAGCGAAGGGUCGAGGAGAUUUCCUCGGCAACACACUGCAGGCUGCUUCGCAUCACCGGGACGAGAAGAUCUUCCACCAACUGUUGGAAAAAGGGCCCGAUGUUAAUGGAAAGGGAGGCCAGUUAUGGGAGUCCUCUCCAGGCCGCGUCAUAUCGAGGCCAUCUGAUGAUUGUUCAAACACUGCUUCAUCUUAA